AUGCGGUUGAAUGUCUUUCUAUUGUCAGUCCUAGGCGUCAGCCCGUUGUCCGGGAUUAGCGCUGCGAAUGGCGAUCCGGGGAGCUGCAAAGCCUUGUCCGACGGCAAAGUCCAAGACCUCAGCGACUGCUGUAGCGGGACCUUGCCGCGCACCGAGAACGUUGGCUCCGAUAUCAUCCAAAUUAACUGCGGCAAAAGGCCCGACACGAAGGGCCAGAUUUCCAGACAAUCCUUGCUUUCCGCCCAGCAGUGUGUCACCUAUAUCCGCACAGGCCGAGCCAAGGUGGCGGCAUGGGACCCAUCCAGGAGGACCUGCUGGUACACAAAUCGGACAGCGCCGGGACUUGACGAUGCUCCGGGGCACCUGCUGAUGACGUAUGAAGGUGAAGUGGAGCAAGAGGAUUGCUCCGUGAAGGUCAGGGAGGCACAGGCCAAAUGUGACAAGGAGAAAGGCACUUUGCAGACUGAGUGCAACCAGAAGCUCGACGAUGAGAAAAAAGCUUGCCAAACCCAGUGCGAACUGGACAAGGCCGCAGACAAAAGGACUUGCGACCAGGAGAAGGCUGCAGACAAAAGGACCUGUGACCAGGACAAGGCCGCCGAGAGAACUAAAUGCGACACUGAGAAAGGCGCCUUACAAACAGAGUGCAACCAGAAACUUGAGGAGCAGAGAAAGUCCUCUCAGGAAAAGUGUGAUCGGGACAUAGCCGCGGAGAAGACGAGAUGUGACACCGAGAAAGGUACUUUGAACACGGAGUGCAAACAGAAACUCGAUGAGCAAGAGAAAACCGCCCAGGAGCAGAUUGAACAGUGCCGCCGAGAUGGUCAGAAUCAUAUUGGCAACGGUGCAUGGCCGGCCAACCAGGCGAUGACGAAGAACACAAUUAGAGCCACGGCGCUGGCGUACUCUCCAACCAAUGCUAACCAGGUGGUGACCGUGGACGUCGCUCGAAACAUCGAUGUUUACGAUGUUACCACUGGGCAAGCGACACGGGUGACAACCAUGCCGUCGGCCGAUGGGCUUGCCACAAGCAUCGCCUGGCACCCCGACGGGAAGUCUGUCCUUGUGGCGUGCUUCUUUGGGGUUGUGAAGGUGUAUACCGUCGGACUACCGGGUAGCCCGAGUAAUAGCUACACGUUGAUGGAGGGGAGAAAGGAUCUCAGGGUGAAUCGGGUGGCCUUCUCACCCGACGGACAGACUGCUGUUGCCGGGCUUGACGACGGCCAAGUACUGAUGUGGGAUGCAGGCUCGCAUUCCCCGAUCGCAGUGCAAGACAAGCACCAAGCUGCUGUGCACAGCCUAGCAUUCUCGCCGAAAGACGGUACUCUCGUCACCGCGUCUGCCGACAAGACCAUCAAGUUCUGGAACAAAGCCCGGGUCGUUGAGACGCAUCCUCUUGGGGCCGUCGUUCGCAGCGUGGCUUUUUCACCCAACGGGGCCAAUAUUGCCUGCGGAUUGGAAGACUCCAGUGUCAGAAUUCUGGAUGCUCAGACCCGCAACCAGCGCCGCGACUUACGGGCUCACGCAGCUGCGGUUGUGGAUGUUGUCUUCGCCGCCGAGGGGAAUGCACUGCUCUCUGCGUCGGAGGACCGAACUGUCCGAGUCUGGUCCUUGAAUGGAGACUUUGCACACACCACCGAUACGGACAGAAAGGCCAAGGCGGUCGCAGUAUCCGCAGAUGGCAAGUCCUUCUCAGUGCUGUUCGACAUGCGACCGGCUAUGUUCUUCACAAAGCCAUGA